AACGCGAUUGUGUUUAUUUAGAAAAGCGCUAGAUUUUGCGCUCUUGUGUUUUUUUUUAAUUGUUUUUGAGUAAAACAUGACGAUAUUUGCAUUUCUCAAAAGCCGGCCAAUAUUUUGGCUAAGCGUAACCGGGAGCUCAGUGGGCGGAGCAUGUUUUCUAAAAGAUCUUAUGCAAGGCUGCAAGUUCACAAAGGAAUCGGAUGAGACCGGCAAAGUUGUGAUUGUGACCGGCUCCAAUACUGGCAUUGGUAAGGAGACGGUGCGGGAGCUGGCACGGCGAGGCGCGACAGUGUAUAUGGCUUGUAGGGAUAUGAAAAAGUGUGAGGAGGCACGCGAGGAGAUCGUAUUGGAGACACAGAAUAAAUACGUCUACUGUCGCCAAUGUGACUUGGCCUCCCUGGAUUCCAUUCGCAACUUUGUAGCCACCUUCAAGCGGGAACAGGACAAGCUGCACAUACUCGUUAAUAAUGCGGGCGUCAUGCGUUGUCCACGAUCCCUGACCAGGGAUGGGUUUGAGAUGCAGAUUGGCGUCAAUCACUUGGGUCACUUUCUGCUCACCAAUUUGAUGCUGAAUCUGCUUAAGAAAUCAUCGCCCAGCCGAAUUGUAAAUGUGUCCAGUUUGGCGCAUACGCGUGGUGAAAUUAACACGGCGGACUUGAACAGUGAAAAGUCAUAUGAUGAGGGCAAGGCCUACAAUCAGAGCAAGCUGGCCAAUGUGAUGUUUACGCGGGAAUUGGCCAGACGCUUGGAGGGAACUGGUGUGACUGUAAACGCCUUACAUCCUGGCAUUGUGGACACUGAACUCUUCAGACAUAUGAGCUUCUUCUCUAACUUCUUUGCAGGAUUGUUUGUUAGGCCGCUGUUUUGGCCAUUCGUAAAGACGGCCAAAAACGGUGCGCAAACCAGCUUGUAUGCUGCACUUGAUCCGGACUUGGCCAACGUAACGGGUCAAUACUUUAGCGACUGUCAGCCUCAACAGGUGGCCGUCGCUGCAACGGAUACUCAAAUUGCGAAAUGGCUUUGGACUGUCAGCGAAAAAUGGACACGGUCAGAAAUUUUAAAAGUGACUCAGACUAUAUAAUUCGCAAAUAAUGUUUGUGAUGCUCUAAAGAAGAAAACGUUAAUUGAAUUCUUUAGUACGUUUAUUUGUAAAUAUACAGCAUUAAUAAAUAUCGAUAAAAUAU